AUGGUCGUGGUCGGGACUGGACUCUUUUCCUCUCUUCAUGUCACCUUCUGGUUUCUGCUUCACUCUCUCCCGCAGAGGGUGAAACUUUGUCUUAGCUCGUCAACCAUCAUGGCAACACCACCAACACUCGGUCAUGACAGCAACGUCCUCCCGGCUCCUACGGAUGGCCUGGGCCCUACCCGCAAGGGCAAGAAGCGUGUCGGCUGGCAUUCUGCCAGCGGCAGCUUUGCCCGUGACUCAUCAUCCAAGGACGCCGCCGGCGUGUCACCCCGCGACAAUCUCUCCAACAUUUCUACGCCUUCCUUUGAGGGCACGCCGCAGUCCGGUGUGCCGGACGCUCUCGAGCUCACCAUUGCAUUGACCAAGAUUCUCUCGGGAGAGGACCAGCAGCCCGCUUCCGAGAGCAAGAUGGACAUUGAUCCUCACUACAGCGACACCUCCCCCCAAAGCACGGCUGCACAGACCCCAAACCUUCUCCGACCCCCGAGGCCUGUCCUACGUCGCAGCACUAGCUACGAUGUUCCCAAGGAGCGCGAGGAGGCCGACCUAGCCGAGCAAAAGGCCAGCCAACGUCAGGUCCGGUCCAUGACUGACGCACGGCACCGGGCGGAUCGCCUGGCCAUGUCUGUGGGAGGGUACUCGUCACCCGUGUCGGGGCGGAGCUCGGGUGAGCUCAGUGCUACAUUCCAGCCCUUGCUCGAAGAUGCAGAUGAUCCAGACCAGUGGCUGGAUCAUGACGAUAUCAAGGUUCCUCCUCACAUCUCGCACAUCAGACACCGUACCCUGCGCUCAUCUCAACCGCAAGCCACAGACACUCAUAAUGUCGCAGAGUCGCUUGUCCUGUCUCAUACCAUGAAGACUAAGAAAGCCGACUUCUUCCACCGACACCAUAAGUCCUACAGCUCUGGCACUUCAACACCCAUUCCCGCCGACCCCCAGGAAUAUGUCCCUCGCCCAACGAAGUAUCGCGGUGGUAUCCUGUCGUCGCUGCUGAAUCUCUACCAACAUGAGAGAGGACAAAACACAAGCGCCCCCAGCUCCGAAUUCAACUCUGCCGCUACAACACCCACCAUGUCCCCUCGCUCCUCACCACCCAACUCGAGAAGCCCGUCUACCUCAGGAAGCAGCCGCUCGCGGCCCACCAGCGGCUUUUUUUCCUAUCACAAGCCCCAGUCCUCUACCUCGUCACUAGCCCUCACCGAACUGCUCAAGUCGUCCUCCAUGCUCGCCGUCCCCGUGUCUCGUCAAAUAUCGGAUCAAUGGGAUCACAAGAUCAAGAAGGAGAAACCGGCCAAGCCGAAGAAGGAGCAGCACCGCAUUACCAUUCACAUUGCCGGCACCAUUGCUCGGCAUCGGUAUCUCAUGAAGUUAUGUCGGGCGCUCAUGAUGUACGGUGCCCCUACCCAUCGACUCGAAGAGUACAUGACCAUGUCGGCUCGCGUGCUCGAGAUUGAAAGCCAGUUCUUAUAUCUGCCUUCCUGCAUGAUCAUCUCUUUCGAUGAUAGCUCCACCCACACAACCGAAGUCAAGCUCAUUCGUGUGCCGGAGGGCAUCGACUUGGGCAAGCUUCGCGAUGUGCACAACAUUUACAAGCACGUGGUUCACGACAAGCUCGGUGUUGAAGACGCCACAAAGCAACUCGAGGAUGUCAUCAACAGCGACACCAAGUUCCCCGUCUGGUUUCGAAUCAUCAUGUACGGUGUUGCCUCUGCCAGUGUUGCCCCGUUUGCCUUUGAGGGCCGCUUCAUCGAUCUGCCCUGCGCUUUCAUCCUUGGCUGUAUCGUUGGUAUCCUCCAGCUCGUAUUCGCACCCAGUAACGAGCUGUAUGCCCACGUCUUUGAAGUCUCGGCCUCCAUCAUCACCUCAUUCAUCGCUCGGGGCUUUGGCUCCAUCGACAACGGACAACUGUUUUGCUUUUCGGCGCUAGCGCAGAGCAGCAUUGCCCUCAUUCUUCCCGGCUACAUUGUACUGUGCAGCUCGCUGGAGCUGCAGAGUCACAACCUCGUUGCCGGCAGUGUCCGCAUGGUGUAUGCUCUCAUUUACACUCUAUUCUUGGGAUACGGCAUCACCAUUGGCGCUACCCUCUACGGCAUGAUGGAUCCCAACGCAGCGAGUAGCACGCAUUGCACCCGGCCGCUGCACCGUGGUUGGAACAUGUUUUUCGUGCCCUGCUUCACGCUCUGCCUGUGCAUUGUGAACCAGGCCAAGUGGAGGCAGAUUCCCGCCAUGCUGGUCAUGGCCGUUGCUGGCUACGCCGUCAACAGCUACACGAGCCUCUACUUUCAAGGCAACGGCCAAAUCUCCAACAUGCUCGGCGCGCUGACCGUCGGGAUCCUGGCCAACUUGUACUCGCGUUUGGGCCGGCACGCCGACAACGCCUGGCUGGACUUGACCGACUGGUGGCGGAAGAAUGUGACGCGUCGCUACUUUAGCCGGCGCAGCAACAGGUCCGACGCGUGGACGGGGUCUAUCGCGGACGCCGAGUCCGCCACCAGCGACACGAUUCAGAAGGAGAAGAAGGCGAGCAGACGCAGCGUAGGCUAUAGUCUCGCUGCGGCGGCCAUGCUGCCCGCCAUUUUUGUGCAGGUCCCGUCGGGCCUUGCGGCGGGUGGCUCGUUGCUUGCCGGCAUUACAUCUGCCAACGAGGCGACUGGCAACACGACGAAGUCUGGUACCUCGGCGGGGGGCAUGGACAACACGGCGUUCAACGUGCUCUUCCUGGUUGUCCAGGUUGCCAUUUCCAUCAGUGUCGGUCUCUUCAUGAGUGCGCUGAUGGUAUACCCGCUCGGCAAACGCCGCAGUGGUCUUUUCAGUUUCUGA